AGAGGCAUCGAUUACAAUCGCCAGGAGAGAGAGGGGGAAAGCGGCACCGGCACCAGCCCCGGGAGAGAGAGGGGGAAAGCGGCACCGGCACCGGCACCAGCCCCGGGAGAGAGAGGGGGAAAGCGGCACCGGCACCAGCCCCGGGAGAGAGAGGGGGAAAGCGGCACCGGCACCGGCACCAGCCCCGGGAGAGAGAGGGGGAAAGCGGCACCGGCACCAGCCCCGGGAGAGAGAGGGGGGAAAGGGGCUCCGGCUCCAGCCCCGGGAGGGGGAGCGAGAAAGCAGUUCCGGCGCAGGCACAAGCCCCGGGAGGGAGAGCGGGCGGCGAUCUGCGUGUUUUUGGCUUGAACCGGGUGCAGGGUCGGGCCCAGGAUGUCGGAGGAAGGUGCGGUACAAGUGUGUGUCCGGAUGAGACCACCCAAUGAUAGAGAGAAAUCUUUACAAGGUGGAUCUGCUGAAGCCCUUCAGAUUCAUUGGAAAGCCGACAAACAAACUGUUUCCCAGAUAUCUGGAUCAAAGUCAUUCAGUUUUGACCGUGUAUUCCAUCCUGAAGAGUCAACAGCUACAGUUUACAAUGAAGUUGCACACUCCAUUGUGCGUUCUAUUACCGAGGGCUACAAUGGCACCAUAUUUGCAUAUGGGCAGACUUCUUCUGGAAAGACUUACACAAUGAUGGGAGAUGCAGUAUCUUCUGGUCUUAUUCCUCUGGCAAUCUGUAAUUUGUUCAAUGUCAUUAAUAAUACACCAAACAGGGAAUUUUUGUUGCGCGUUUCUUACAUGGAAAUUUACAAUGAGUCUGUAUCUGAUUUGCUUGUUGGUCCAAAAAGAAGACCACUCGAAGUUAGAGAAGACAUGGAACGUACUGUUUAUGUUGCCAGUCUGACUGAGGAGUUGGCCGUAACCUAUGAGGAUGUAAUGAAAUUGGUCCAGAAAGGAGAAAAAAACAGGCAUUAUGGAGAAACCAAAAUGAAUGAGCACAGUAGUCGGUCACAUACAAUUUUUAGAGUGAUUGUAGAAAGCAGGGACAAAAAUAAUGAAGCAGUUAUUGUUGCACACUUGAAUUUAGUUGAUCUGGCAGGCAGUGAACGAGCCAGCCAAACAGGAGCUGAAGGUGUCCGCCUAAAAGAAGGAUGUUUUAUCAACCGUAGUUUGUUUGUGCUUGGUCAAGUUAUAAAGAAGCUCAGUGAUGGACAAGCUGGUGGGUUUUUAAAUUAUAGGGACAGUAAGCUGACACGGAUUCUGCAGAAUUCACUUGGGGGCAAUGCAAAAACCCUGAUCAUUUGCACAAUUACUCCAGUUAGUUUUGAGGAAACGCUGAGUACUCUACAGUUUGCAAGUACUGCCAAAUUCAUGAAAAAUACUCCUCAUGUGAAUGAAGUAUUAGAUGAGCAAGCAAUGUUGAAGCGAUGUCGGAAGGAAAUAAUGGAUCUGACAAACCAACUGGAAGAACUCACCUCAGAGACUCGUGUUCAAGCAAUGGAGAAAGCUCAACUGUUGUCAGAAAAGCAUAUCCUUCAAAUGGAGCACGAGCAGAAAAUAAAGAACCUGACAAGAAUGCUCGUUAGAGUUUCAACUGAUGACGACCAAGAAAUGAAGGCCAGAAGAAAGAGAAGGGUUACCUGGGCUCCUGGAAAAUUGCGAGCUAGUUUUGACUCUUCUGCCAAAAUGAUCAAGUUGGAUAAGGGCUGCCAAGAGCUUGAUGAAGAUGAAGAUGAUGACGAUUUUGAUGUGGACAAUGCUUGGACGUCUAAAACUAUCUCCGAGUGCAAUAGUUCAAUCACAACAAAAAGAGGUGGAAGUUGUGGUUUUCAGAUACCUCCAUUUGAAGAUUCUUUUUACUUCAACGAACAAAGCAAAAUUAACCCAGACUGUAGUAGUUUGCUGUGUGAUGUAUCUUCGAAGGAUGAAUUGGUAAAAAGGAUAUCUGAACUGGAAAAACAACUUGAAACCCAAACAGAAGAAAAAGAAAAGGAAAUAAAGAAAGAAAAGGAAUAUGCGAGGCAUGUUGAGAAACAACUACAGGAUAGUAUUGAGAUUUGUGAGCUUCUUUACUCAAAACAGUUUGAUGCAGAAAGCUUAAAAAUGGAGAACGAUAAACAGAAAGAAGAAAUUGAAGAAUUGAAAGAACUCCUAAAAGAAAGACUGGAGAAAGCAAAGUUCUUCCAAAUGGAAAAUGAGAAACACAAAAAGGAAAUCAAAGAGCUAGAAAAACUGAGAGAAGGAAUUGAAGAAUUGAAAGAGAGACGAGAAAUUGAGGAGUUUGAGUUUUUGGAAAAAGAAGCAGAAAAAGAAGGAAAGGAACAGCAGCAUCAUGAAAAUGUGAUUUUCAAGGAGCUGGUUAGCAAUUCUGAGACUAUCAACCAGGAGCUUGAGAUCAAGCAGUUGCAGCAAUCACUGAAUGAUGCAGAAGUUGUAACUCGUGAUGCAAAGAAGGAGUCUUCCUUUCUCAGAAGUGAAAAUCUGGAGCUUAAAGAAGAAAUGGGUAAAAUGAGAGCUGACUAUCAAAAAAUGGAAAUUGAUGUCCAAUUGUACAGCAACCAGCUAGAUGCUGAACGGUCACGCUACAAAAAAAUGCAAUGUGAUUUACAGAAAGAAUUAAAUUUGGCUUUCAAUGAAAAUACCAAACUAAUGUCUCUUCUGGAUGGAAAAGUCCCUAAAGAUUUAUUGGAUCGUUUUCAUUUGGAAAAGACCAUGGCUGAGCUUAAACAACAGUUGGAUAAAUCAGAAAAAGAAAAGAAUAGUCUUCAGGAAGAAGUAUCUCUAUUAUCCCAAUUUAAAUCAUUGCCUGAAAAAGUAGAUGAAUUAGCAAAACAGAUUCUGCAGCUAACCAAAGAACUUAAUGAUGUUACUUCCGAACGGGAUACUUUGUCGGCUGGCAGAGAAGAUAAUGUUAAACAACUUGAAACCUUGCGUGGCGAGGUGUCAGCUAUUACCCAGGAUAGGAACAAACUCCAGGAAGUUCUUGCUAAGGUCAAAUCUGAGCAGGAUCAUCAGGAAAACAUCAAAACUCUACAACAGAACGAAAUGAAAUGUAGUCUGGAGAAUCUCCAAACAGAAUUAGAUCUAUACUCCACAAGGCUCAAAGAAGAGAAGGCUAAGUGUGUACAGUUUCAACAUGAUAUUGAAGACAAAGAAAGACAAGUUAAAGAGCAAGAACUGCAACUGAAGCAGGAGCUAGAAAAACAGAAGGAGAUUGAUGAUAAAUAUUCUAAAUCUUCAGAAGAGAUUAAACUACUUAAAGAGGAAAAACAAGACUUAGUGAUUAAAUUGGAAGUUUUAAUGAAAACCAAUGAAGAACUGAUGUCACAAUCAAAAUCUGAUCAAAAGGAAAAUCCACCUUCGAAUGUGACAAUUAUGCCUGAAACAACUAGCCAAGGUUUUGAGAGAGACAAUUUAACUGAACAGCUUCUCCUACUUCAGAAGAACUAUGCAUCACUCAGUAGUGAAAAGGAGGCACUGCAUCAAGAACUGACAGCUCUUAGAGCUGAGAAAGAGCAGUUGAAGUGUGAUCUUCAAGAUAAUAUUGAAAUGUGUAUAGAGAAUCAGACAGAACUGAGAAGUCUACAUGACCAGCUAAAAUUGAAUCAAAAUGUGGAGAUGAAACUGAAGAAGAAUCUGGCUGAAACAGAACACUUAUUAAAUGAAGAGAAGGAAAAGGUACAAGCACUAACUGAAGAACUCCAAAUGGUGGCUUCUCAACAUGCUUUGGAGAGUGAGAACCAAGGACUCGAGGUUCAUGAUUCCAACAAGCAAGACACAGAAUUACAAGAAAAAAUUUUCAACCAGCGUCUCCAACAGCUCGAGGAUGAGAAAACAGCCUUAAUGAAGGAGAAGGACGAUCUCCAGGCAAUUCUGGAACAUGUCAACAUAGAAAAGGAUGCAAUGAAGAGUGCCAUGCAAGGAAAAAUUGAGAUUAUAGAAAAGAGGAGCAAGGAACUGCACUGUGUAAUAUCUCAACGUGAUAUAUUGCCCACUGAGUGUGAAGAACUUAGAGAUCAAGUUUCAAAAGAGUCAAGUGCAGAGAUACAAGAAGAUAAAAUUAACUGGCAGCUCCAACAACUAAAGGAUGAAAAUUCUUCAAUACUGAAGCAGAAGGAUGAUCUCCAGGUGAUGCUGGAGAGUGUCACAGUGCAAAGAGAUGAAAUGAAGAGUGCACUAAAGGAAAAGUCGGAGAGGAUGCUUGAACAAACUGAAGAACUGCACCGUGUCAUGUCUCAACGUGAUAUGCUGCUUGGUGAAAUUGAAGAGUUGAGAGCUCCUGCUUCCAAAGAACAAGAAGCAAAAAUUGAGUAUGAAAUUAAUCAGAGGCUGCAGCAACUUGAGAAUGAACAUUCAUUGAUACGAAAAGAAAAGGAUAAUCUCCAGGAGACAUUAGAGUGCGUCAAAGAAGAACGGAAUGAAAUGAAGAGCACGUUGCAGGAAAUUACGGAGAAGAUACAGGAACAAACUAAGGAACUCCACCAAGUAGUGUCUCAGCGAGAUGUACUAUUUGGUGUGAUUCAAGAGCUGAGAGCCUCUAUUUCCAAAGAACAGAAAGUUGAAAUUCAGGAGAAGGAAUUCAAUGAGAGGCUUCAGCAGCUCAGGAUUGAAAAAGCAACCAUCACAAAGGAGAACAAAGAUCUUCAGGCAAUGCUGGAGAGUGUAAAAUCUGAAAGGGAUGAAAUUAAGACCACCCUACAAGAAAACACUGAAAAGAUGCGAGAGCAAAGUGAGAAGCUGCACCAUGUGGUAGCUCAGCGUGAUGCGCUGCUUGGUGAAAUUGAUCAGCUAAGAGCUCAUGUUUCCAAACAGCAGUCCACAGAAAAUCUAGGAGAGAAAUUUAACCAAUAUCUCCAACAACUUGAGGAUGAAAAAUUAAAUGUAAUAAAGGAGAAGGAGGACAUCCAGGAGUUACUGGAGCAUGUCAAAUCACGGAGCAAUGAAAUGAUGAGUACUUUACAAGGAAACACUGAGGCAAUUCAGGAGCAAACAAAAGAACUGCGUCGUGUAGUAUCUCAUCAGGAUGAGUUACUUAGUGAGAUUGAACAGUUGAGAGCUUGUGUUUCCAAGGAACAAGCAGUUAAAAUUGAGGAGAAGGAGUUGGAUCAGAGGCUUCAGCAAUUUGACAAUGAAAAAUCAAUCAUCAUGAAGGAAAAGUGCAAUCUUGAAGAGACAUUAAAAAGUGUCAAAGCACAGAGAGAUGAAAUGAAGAGAACCUUGGAAGAAAACCAUUAUAUGUUGCUGAAAUGGACAGAUGAGCUUAAUGGUGUAAGAAAUCACCGUGACCAGCUGCUAGUUGAAAUUGAACAGUUGAAGGAUGAGAUGACGAAAGUGGAACUCUUGCGACAAGAAUCUAAUGAUCAAUUAGAAAGAGAGAGAAAAUCCAUAACAAUGCAGAAAGAUGAGCUCCAGUUGCAGAAGGAUAAAAUCCAGAAAGAUCUUUGUGAUAAGGCUGAAAUGCUUACGAUAGAGGAAAAAAGAAACGAAGAGCUCAAAAAACUUGUCACAACCUUGGAGAAACAAAUCCUCACUUGGAAAGAGGAAACAAUACAAAUUGCAUCCACUAAUUCAGAAACUGAUCCAGUUGAAGCAGAAAUUAAUAAACUGAACAACUGUCUACGAGAAAAGGAUCUACAAUUACAAACCACACUUCACAGUUUAUUUGAAUUGGAAAAUGACUACAAGGUUGGAAUAGCUAAAACUGAUCAAGAAUUCUCCAGAGAGCUGGAGGCUUGGAAGGAACUACUACUCAGAAUUUGCUCUGAAGUGCCUGAAGGAUCAACAGAAUCGAUGCGCAUUGUGAAACUGCAAGAAGAAAAUGCAAAACUAUAUGAAAAACUUGUGUCGUGGAGAAGUAAUUUUAUGAGAGCGAUGAGCACUGUGCCUCCACGUGUGAAGAACUAUCAGAAACCUAUUAGUAAAUGCGAUGUGAGUCUAGCAGAUGAGAAAAAGAAGAAUGAAGAAUUGCUGUCACAGUUGCAGGCUCUGAGAAAGCAAGUAUCUGAUCCAUCUGAAUUGCAACUGGUAUCGGAAGAGAAAGACACUGAAAUACGACAAAUUUCAGCCUUAAUUGCAAAUAAAGAACACCACUUAAAGAAUGCCCAGCAGACUUUGUUGGAAUUAAAAUCAAAAUAUCAAAAGCACCUGACCACCUCAGAAAAUGCGUUACUUUCUAAAGCCAAAGCCCGAAAGAAUCUUUUAGAAACUAUUUCCAAACAGCCGGAGAGAAAUAUUUUGAAGAUACUUGAAGAAAUUCAGAAUGAAAAUCAAAUAUUGGAUCAGGAAUGUCAGCUUCAGUUGAAAACCGUUCAGAGUGUAGCUGCGUUAUCUGAAUCUCUGCGAAUUGGAUAUAUAAAGUAUAUCAGAAAUUCUUGCGAUGAACUAGAAAAUGAGAAGAAAAAGAAUGAUGAACUGCUUUUACAAAUUGAAGCUAUCAAGCAGGAAUCAUUAAACAAAAAUGGCUGUGAUUCGUUAUUGACGCUGGAGAACCAGAAGCUAUCAAAAAAGUUAAAAGAAGCUGAGCUAUUGCUGCAGAAUGAAAGAAUAAAAAUUAAUGAACUUGAAGCAACCCUGACAGUAAGUCAAGAAGCUUACAAGCAACAGGAAGCUAAGCUGUCAGAACUGCACACAGAAUUAAGCUCCAAAGCAUUUGAAAAAAAUCUUGAUGAUCUUCAGACAAAACUGCUGAAGAAGGACAGCCAAAUUAAAAAUUUGGAAGAAACUUUGGAACAGCUGCAGGCUAAGCUGGACAUGGGAGCUCAACCUUUCAAAGAGGAGAUUACUGAUCUGAGAAAUAGAUUGUUUGCAUUGCAGAUGGAAAAACUUAAAGAGACUAAACAUCUUGAAAAUCAAAUUAGUUCUCUCAAAGCCAGCUUAGAACAUAAAGAAGAGUUGCUAAGACAACUGAAGGAAACACUUCGAAGAAACCAGCAAGAACAGGAUACCACCAUUACAGUUGAAAAUACUAAAGAUGAAACGUGUUCCUCUGAUAUGUCACUCACGUGUAGUGCUGGAAGUGGUAUAGUUCAGAAUGCAGUGGUACUUGUUCUAAAUGCUGAGAAAGCUAAACUUACUCGAGAUCUAAAUCAGUUCAAGAAAGAAAAUGAACAUCUUACAAGAAUGGUGUCUGAGCUAAAACAUGAAAAAAACAUAUGGAAAGAAAGAGCGACAAAACAUGAAGAGAAAGACCGAAUGCCAUUCAAGCAUGAAAAUAUUCAUCAUACUUUAUGUCCAGAUGAGAGUCUCCCUCCCCAGUGUCACAAGGAAUGUUCACUACCAGUGUCACAAAAUGUUGAGACUUCGAAAGCCUUGUUUCCUGCUGAAAGCAAAGCUCCUGCCACUCAGAAUAAAACUUUGGAAAAUGUGCUACCUAUUGAUUCUUCUAAGACAUCAUCGUUUGGGAUGGAAUCACAGCUGUGGCCACUUCCUCGAACUAAAAUAUUUGAUAACUCUCGGCUGAGUUUUCCUGGAGCUGCGAGUCCUCAAGGAAAACCCAAAUAUGAGAAGAAUGAACACGAUGAUUGGUGGCCCAAGCCCUCUGCUGCUGAUCCGGAGUGUAAAAUGCAGUGAACAUUCUUUGGAGCAAAGGAACACUGUAUAGUUCAUGAAGGCACUGUUGAAAUUGUCAUGCUGACCAUUUGAAUGAUAAAGUAGAUUAUAUACUUCGAGCUAGAGCCAGGUAGCUCAAUUUGUUAAUAACCUUUUUUCCUCUAAUCUCACUUGCAGAGAUCAGAACAGCUAGUCUGAUUCAAAUUGUCUCACUGAUGCACUGGGUGCUGUUCUAAUAGGGAGAAAAGGAAUUUGGUUCUGAAUCUAACUGUGGUUAAACCUUCCCAAACAAUGCUGGAUAUCUAAAUUUGGAAAAAUUUGCACUUUCAACACUAGAAUUUCUUGUCUUGUAGCAUCAAAAUAUUUUGUCAAAACAUGCCUCUGACAGCAAGAAGGUAAAUAUUUAGCAGCAACAUUCAUGCCAAAUGAUCAAAAGCACUUGUGUUUUUUUUUAAUUAAUUACAUGAUAUGUUGGCCUGGCUAAUGCUCCCAGUAAUGUUUCAAAAACCUGUCAUGAUAGUGAUGGCUUCAGCACCCUGCAGUGAACUUCUGUUAAUAAUAUGCUUUUAUACUACAGAUUUCUACUAUUGAUGUUUUCUUGCAAAAAUAAGGACUUAUUUCUAAUCAAUGAAACAUUUCUUUGGUUUUGCUAGUAUAUAGCACUAAAUUGCCCUUGCUGAGUACUCAAAGGUUGUUUAAAUAUCAUUUAACCUAAAUAGAUUACAAAGACAAUAGUAUUUGUGAGGAAAGUAAAUUGUCUUGUUUUUUCAUCCAUUUGUGAGAUGUCUGCAGGAGCAAUGUUUAUUGCCUGUCCCAAUUCUCCCUGAAGGUGGUGCUGAGCCAUGUUCUGCAGUCAAUGUUGUGAAGGUAUAUUCACAGUGCAAUUGGGGUGGAUGUUGCAAUCACCCAGACCCCCAGUCAGUGUCAGUCACUCAGCAGACCUUCUCAGCCAGCCCCCUCCCUCCCAUUCAGUCACUCACUUCUACAGUGACCGUCUCCGUAAAAGGACUGCUGCUUUUGAGAGAGGCAGUGUGUGGGGGUUGGAGACUGCCAGCCUGCAGGAAUAAAGCAGCUGCUGUCAUGGAGAAGCAGAAGUCUUGCAUUCUGUGUAAAAGGAAGGGAACUGAACAGAUAUGAAUUUUGGAUAUUUAUGGAACAUGGAGUUACCAAGUGGACUUUCCUAGCGGAAUCUACUUUGGAAACUCUGGUUAACUGGAACAGCUUUUGAAGGGCAUUGGAAUUUCUAAUAGAAGUGAGCCAGAUGGAGAGCCAGGAGUAACUCUGACCAUGUCCUUAUUAAUGCUACAAGUAAGCCAAAAAUGGAGUGCAGAGCGGAAAACAAAUUUGUAAAGGAAAUCCAUGCUGAACACCACGAUUCAUCACAAUGGUGAAUGUUGAAUUCAACAUUGCAAGAAUUAUCAUUUCGGUCAAUCCAGCUUAGCUGCCUAUUCUGGUCUCUCCUUCGGAGUACUGUCUGUUCUUCAAUGUCAAGCUAUAUCAUCCUUUUGAAAGUUGAAAUUGCUGAAUAAAAUAC